GCCCCCCCCCCCGCCCGGGUCCAUCCUUCAUGAAGGGGAGCAGCCUGCCGCCGCCUGCCGCUGCUCAAACGUGGAGGGAAGGACGCGGAGAGGGACGCCCGCCGCUGAUUGCGCGGCUCUAUUGUUAGUCCGGUGAAAUUUACGGCUUUGUCGACAUAUUUAGUGCAUUUUACCUCCGUGCAGGACACAAAGGGAGGGACUGUUUGUUUCUCCCGGAGUCUUCAGGAGCAGAAGCAGCGUUUGAAAGGACAUUAAAGUGUGAGAGGAACUGGCCAUUCAAGCUACCUAACAGCAGCAACAUCACGCCCUAGCAUCCACACCUUAGGAGGAGGGGAUGAAACCGGAUGGGGUUACCAUGGAAACCACGGAGCCCACCGAAGCUGCAGCAGUAGCAGAGCCCUCCUUAUCGCAGGACAACAUAACAGAACAAGCAUCGUCUCAGCCAGAGGAAGCUGCAAAUGAUGCAGCGCCUGGGGCUGCUCCGAAGGCCAAUGGUAAGCCAGUGGGAGCAGACUCCAGAGUCAAACCAAAAGCUGUUGCAACUAAAACUCAGCACACAGCCAAAUCUGCAGGGGCUUCUGGAUCCAGCUCACGGCCAGGUACUGCCUCGCACCGCACGAUGAAUGAUGUCAAAUCCUCUAAUAGUGUUUCUGCAGCUGCAGUCAAGAAAACGACAGCAACUGCAGCGAAAGCAUCAGCAGGAGCUGUACCUAAAAGACCACUGGGUGUAGCAGCAGUUUCCACUACAGUCAAGAACCAAAGUAGAGUGCCUGACAAGAAGCCUGUUGGAUCUACCAGGACUACCUCUGUUGCUGCUGCCUCAGUAACAAAUGGUACCAAACCAACAGCAGCAAAUGGCACUCCUAAGAAGAGACCAGCGGCUGAGACUGUUACUGUAGCAAGACCUAAAACCACAGCUGCUACCAGCAGGCCAGUGGCGUCCACUGCCCCAAAACCCAACACUUCAACCACAACAAGAGCUGGUGGCGCUGCUGCUGCUGCUUCAAAGACCACAAGGCCCGCUACAGCUCCCGCAACAGCUCGACCCCCAUCCACCACAUCUAGGCCCACCACAGCUACAACCAAGCCCUCCACCACUGCGACUACCAAAACUGCAGCUUCUAGAGUUACCGUAGCACCCUCUACUGGCAGGACCACAGCAGCACAGCCUCCCAAAGCUGCUGCUGCUAAGAAAGAUGUUAGUCGACCACCUUCUACGACAGUGGCCAAGAAACCUACAACAGCUACAACGUCAGCUGCUACCAAAAAACCUGAACCCUCUAAACCCAUGGCCACCGUAAAGCUCAACUCUGCCUCCAAAUUAUCGGCAACAGCAAAGGCAACUGACCCCAAGGUGUCACAGUCCAAAACUCAACAGCCUGCGAAAUCUCCCACAAAGAAACCUGUAGCUGCUGGUUGGUUCCCCGCCCUUAAUAAACCACCCCUCGGUCGAACCCCACCUGCCUCUCCAGCCAACAAACCUGCAAAUGGCGGCACUUCUCAGGCAAAACGAGGGACAAAACCCACUCAGGCUGUUCCACCUUUCACUGCUGUCAAGAAGACAGGGGUUGCAAAGACUGCCACGCCUGCUGUAGAAACACAGAGUGCUGCCGGUGCAGCAGCAGUGGUGGCAGCUGCCACAGCAGUGACUGUUCUCGCAGAAACACAAGCAGAGACUACAGUGGCCUUACCACAAGGAUCAAUCCUUGCUGCCUCUGCACCAGAGGAGGUCCCUCCCCCAGUCUUGGCACAGGAAGCCCCCCCAGAGGUGUUACCUCAAGAGACUUCACAAAGCCAUGCAGCUGCUCCCUCUCCUCCACAAAGCCCUGUCAGGACAGCCUUACCACAAAUAUCUCCACCCCAAGAACAGCUUGAAAGCAGUGCUCCCUUACUAACAAUGCAGGAGCAGAUCCCUGCCUCAGCUGAGCCUACAUUACCACCUGUGGCCUCCCCUCCAGACCAGUCCGAAGAGCCUGUUUACUUGUUAACAAACCAGACCCCCUCCACAUCUAAAGCCCUCCCCGCAGCAGCAAAUGCCAUCCCUCAGAUAGUUCCUCCCACCAAUCUAAAUGAGGAAGAGGACGAAGAGGAGAAGGAGGGGAGCCAGGUGGUUUCUGUGUCUGAAAUGAGUGGGACCACACAGCCCACAGAAGAGUCCCGUCCUGGGUCGGCUGGACCAGUAGGGGGGUCUGCUUGGCGAGCGAGUGGCGCCUUGCUCUCUGAGCUGGAUUCUGAGGAUGUAAGUGGCAGCCAGCAGGGUGCGUCUGAACUGAGCGCCCCUGGUGUCCUGGAGGGCACAGAGAGCAUGGAUGAUCUGGGAGAUGGCAGUCUCAAAGGAGCCAUAGACAUGGAGGGAGCCUCAGCAGGUUCCCCAGACUUUGAGAAGGUUCCCGACAUACCAGUUAAUGACUUUGAUGAGGAUGAAGAUGAUGACGACGAUGAUAAUGAUCGGGUGUGUGACAUGGACGUGGGCUCAGAGCGGACAGACGAACCGCAGAGACCCAGGCAUGACAACGAUGUGGAUGAUGAGGAGGAGGAUGAAGAUGUGGAGAUGGCCAGUGAGGGGGUGACAGAGAGUGGGCUGGAAAGCUAUGGGAAUGCAGAUGAGGAUGACUUUGCUGAGGAUGAGAGGCUGGACAACUUGAACAGAGUGGUCCAGCCGCCACCUCCCCCUCCUCUGCUGCCCUCUGCCCCAGCUGCUCAGUGGGAUCAACCAAAUCCCUUUGCUGAUCCCUGGGCAGAACCUCUUCAGCCACAGCAGGUUCUCGAGCACGUCUCUCAGGUGGCAGGAGCAGCUGCAGCGAGUCCUUUGGCAGACCCCUGGCAAGCAGACUCUGAGACCCCAACUCAGACCCCAGCCCAAGCCUGGCUAGAACUAGGCUCUGCUCCUUUUGUUAUUGAAAACCAAGAAGCUCCCCAUCAUUCCUCUGUCAAAGAUAAGCCGCAAAAUCUAGAGGCCCGAAUGUACUUAGAUCAGCCCAGUUCAGCCCCGAUGCAGACCCCAGCCCCAGCCCCAGCUCCCCUCUCCGCCCCAGGAAUGUCUCUGUCAAGCACCCUGAGCAGUGAGACCAGUACACCUGAAGAACUCUGUGACUACAAUCGAGACAGGAAGCUCCAGCUUCAUGAUGUGCAAGCCCCAGUGCUUUCUCUCCAGCCUGACCUGGACUACCAGGACCUGGGUAUCCACUUGGAGAGAGGAGACAGGGAGGGAGAGGAGGAGGCAGAGGCAGAGACCCUCCCAGCUGAUGAAGUCCUGGGAGGCCCGGCGACUGCUCCCACAUCCAACCCCUCCUCAUCCUCAGUAACAGAGGACGAGGCCAGUGACACAGAGGGAGAAGCUCAGUUGGAUGAUUCUUUGGAGAGUCCAGCGAUCAGCCACAUGACCUUCGACAGCCAGCCUCCCCCGCAGCGCUGCCUAUCCACUGUGGAAGAGGGAGAGGAGGCUGAGAUGGAGGAGGUCGGUGCAGGUGAAGACACCACCCCACCUUCAGCUACCUCGUUGGCAUCUUAUGGCUUUGACACCACGACCACUGCUUCAAACUCCAACGCCCAGUCCACAGGGGAGAGCUGCAUCAAGAGCCCUGGUAUCUUCUCCCUGGAGGAGCUACCUGAGGAGGCCAAGGAGCCCUGUCUCCUCCCGCAACCUCACACCCAGCCAUGCCUCGCAGAGCAGCAGUACAUCGAGUGUGGGAAACAGGAAGCAGAGUCAGCUGAGCUUGUCCAAGAGGAAGUGCCAGGGUCAGAAGAAGCCCUGGACCCUUCGUCAACUCUCUGCACUUUGCAGCAACCGGAGGAGACCCCAGAUGACAUCCAGCCUCCCUACUAUUCUGCUAUCUGUGAAAAGACUGAGAACUCUUUUGCAGGCUUCACUGCACUACCGCACCCUCACCGCCGCGAUCCCUCAGCUUACCCCAGAACCUACUGCGACAUCGUCAAACCCUUUGGCGCCUCGGUUACCCCGCCGAAGCUGACCUGUGCUGACCUCCCACCCAGGAGCCGUGGGCAGCAGGCGUUGAGCCCCCAGCUCCGCAGGCUGGAGCAACACCAGAGACAACUGCUGGAGCUGCAGCAACGCAGGGAGCAACAGAGCAGACCACUGGAGGAGGCAGAGCAGGAGAGGAAGAGGAGGGAGGAGGAGGAGCAGAGAAAGAAGAAGGAGGAAGCGGAAGAGGAAAUAAAGAGGAAUAAAGAGGAGGAGGAGAGGAAGAUGAGAGAGCAGGCAGAGAUAACAAAGAAGGAAGAGGAGGAAAAAUUGAGGAAAGAAGAGGAGCUGAAGCAGAGGAGAGACCUUGAACUACAACUGCAGCAGCAACAACAGGAGCUGAAGCAAAGGCAGCAAAUCAUGCAGUGGCAGCAAGAGCUGCAGCAGUCUAAUAAAGGUCAGACAGUAGUGUUGUCCCCCUCCUCUGGCCUCUGCACCAUCUAUGAAGCCCUGGAGAACAGUGAUGAAGAGGAGGUUGAAGAUGAAGAAGAGGGAAUAAAGGAGAUGGACCCCACUAAGGAGACGAAAGAGCCCAUGCAAGAGACAUCAAGUCAAGAGAUGCACAAAGACUGUGAAAGGGUGACGCCAGAGGAAGACAAACAUCAAGACUCUACAGUGUCAACUGAGAACCCUACUCCUCACACAGACUCCCCUCAGACACCCAGCACCCCCUCUCAGGACGGAGACAGCUCCUCCCCUUGCCCCCCCGGGUCUCCUGAGCGACCUCCACCCCUCGACCUGGACUGGGGGAAGAAAGUGGACAUAGUCCAGCAACUGAUCAAUCAGACCCUGCUGCUGAACGGAGAUGGCUGCUCCUCCCUUUUGCUGAUGCCAGGGGGGGCAGGAGGCACACUGAGCCCCCUGGAGAGCAGCCUGUGGCCCAGCUUGCUGCCUCCACUCACCCCUCCCUCUGCCACCGUCACCUCUGUCAGUAGCUUCUCCCCAGAGGCCACUGGAAGCUCCCCACAGGGAGAGUGGACAGUGGUAGAGCUGGAGACACAUCACUGAGGGACGUGAGAGUGUGAUGUAACUCACACAGUUUAAAUACAACAUCUGCAGUACUGUUCAACAUUAACACUCACACAGGGAUGAUGACACAAGUGCUGUCUAUACACACAUGAGAACACAAGAUUGUAAGGGGAACACACACACACACAAACAGGGUGAUAAACAUGUAAGCAGAGCGGCUCACAUUUACUGUACUGUCACUAUACACACAAUUAAGCACAUUAACAUUAACUUGUGGUGCAGCUGUGAACAGCUGUACAGACUGAAGUAAAUAUUUUGGCUGGGAAAGAAAUGCAGUUACUCCAAGAAACUUUUAAACAAGAUAAAAUAGAUCACUGAGAUCUAGAUGUCCACCACAUUGAAUGGUCAACAGAAAAUGACCAAAAAAAAAGAACCAAUGAUAGG